CUGUUCUUAUCCUCAAUACCAUGCCAGCCAUAACACCACUUUCCUUCCGUGAAAGCUAAAUAUUUUUCCAAAUCCCAAACUUUCUUUAAUUAUGUCGAGGCUAUAGAUAAAAAUCUUGUGUAUGGAAAGUCAAUGAAAAAAUCCUGUGAAUAUAAUUUUGAAUAAACCCUUCUUGUUUGUAACAGCAGAACACGCACAUAAAUAAGCCACCACUCACUUAAAGCUUCUUACAUACAUUCAAGAAAAUCAAAGAUUUUGUGUUUUUUUUCUUGGGUUUUUUAAUUAUGUUGUCGAGAUCUUGUUUCAAUCUCUUGAAUCUUGACGACUAUUCGGGUGGCGGCGAUCGGACUCCAAUACCAAAAGUGGUUGCUGUGCCGGGAAUCAUAUCGGAUUUCGAAGAAUGCAAAACAGAAUCUGACAAUCAAAAAAGAAGAAUAAUUGUAGCCAACAGGCUGCCAUUACAGUGUUAUAAAGAUUCAGAAAACAAAAAAUGGUGCUUUGAUUGGGAUAAAGAUGCUUUAGUUUUGCAACUGAAAGAUGGGUUCUCACCAGAUGUGGAGAUUAUCCAUGUGGGGUGUUUGGGAGUGGAGAUUGAUCCCUUGGAACAAGAACAGGUGGCUCAAUUUCUACUAGAUAAGUUUAAAUGUGUACCUACUUUUUUGCCAUUGGAUUUGAUGAACAAAUUCUAUCAUGGUUUUUGUAAACAUCAUCUAUGGCCUUUGUUUCAUUACAUGUUGCCUUAUACACCUAAUCAUGGGGUCAGGUUUGAUAAAGCCACGUGGCAAGCUUAUGUCUCAGCAAACAAGAUUUUUGCUGACAAGGUAAUGGAAGUGAUUGAUCCAGAUGAGGAUUAUGUGUGGGUACACGAUUAUCAUCUUAUGAUUUUGCCUACUUUCCUGAGGAAAAGUUAUUUGGGGGUGAAACUUGGUUUUUUCCUUCAUAGUCCAUUUCCUUCGUCCGAAAUUUAUCGAACAUUGCCAGUUAGGGAGGAGAUUUUGAGGGGAAUUUUGAAUUGUGACCUCAUUGGGUUCCAUACAUUUGAUUAUGCUAGGCAUUUUUUGUCAUGUUGUAGUAGAAUGCUUGGAUUGGAUUACCAAUCCAAAAGGGGGUACAUUGGGCUUGAAUAUUAUGGUAGAACAGUUUGUGUCAAAAUCCUCCCUGUGGGAAUUCAUAUGGGUCAGGUUCAAUCAAUCAUGGCACGGGAGGGCACCGCAAAAAAGGUCGAGGAAUUGAAGGAGGAAUAUGAUGGAAAAUUUGUAAUAUUGGGCAUAGAUGAUUUGGACAUGUUUAAAGGUAUUAGUUUCAAGUUUCAAGCAUUGGGGCAGCUUUUGGCUGAGAAACCUGUAUAUAGAGGUAAUGUAGUUCUUAUUCAAAUUAUGAACUUACCUAGAAGUCAAGGCAAUGAUAUCCAAGAGGUUCAAAGAGAGAUCAACGAAGUCGCUACUGAAAUUAAUAGAAAAUAUGGUGAACCGGGGUAUGAGCCCAUCGUUUGUGUCAAGGGCCCAGUUUCUUCUCAAGAUAAGAUUGCAUAUCUGGCUAUUUCUGAAACUGUUGUGGUUAAUGCUGUUAGGGAUGGUAUGAAUUUGGUGCCUUACAAGUACACUGUGGCUAGACAGGGCAGUCCUGAUUUGGACAAGGCUUUAGGACUUGAGGGGUCGACCACACCCAGGAAAAGUGUUAUUAUUGUUUCAGAGUUCAUAGGAUGUUCUCCGUCCCUCAGUGGUGCAAUCCGUGUCAACCCUUGGGAUAUCAAUCGGGUGGCUGAGGCCAUGGUUCAGUCUAUUGAAAUGCAAGACUCCGAGAAAGAAUUGUGCCACCAGAAGCAUUACAAGUAUGUUACAUCUCAUGAUGUUGCGUACUGGGCUAGGAGUUUCGACCAGGACCUCGAGAGAGCAUGUUCAGAACAUUACCUAAAGAGAUGUUGGGGUAUGGGGUACGGCCUGAAGUCCAGAGUUGUUGCAUUAGGUCCGAAUUUUAGGAAGCUUUCAGUGGAGAAUAUAGUUUCUGCUUAUAAUGUUACAAAUAGUAGGCUUAUCCUUCUUGACUAUGAUGGAACCAUGAUGCCCCAGGAUAGAGUUGACAAAACUCCUAAAGAGGAAGUUAUUUCGGUCUUGAACAAUUUAUGCAAUGAUCCGAAGAAUUUGGUGUUCAUUGUUAGUGGCAGAGGAAAGGAUUCACUAGGCAAGUGGUUCUCUCCAUGUGAAAGACUUGGGCUGUCUGCAGAACAUGGUUACUUCACCCGGUGGCCAAAAUGUUCUGGUUGGGAGUGUUGUGGGUUGACAAUGAAUUUUGACUGGAGAAAAAUAGCCUUACCUGUAAUGCUUUACAAUAUUCCAGGUAUUAAAUAUUGUCGUUCUACCAAAUUUUCCUUUAAGUUGAUCUGA